CGCAGGUUCAGUCUGGGAGUGCGGCUGCGGAACGCUCAGUCUAGCUUGCACCUUCUCUCCCGGCCGCGGCCCGAGACGGCGGAGAGCGCAGCGGUGGGGCCCGAGCUAGGGGCGAGUCCGGAGACCCCGGUCUUGGGCGCCUUCACGCCGUCUCCGAGCGCAUAAUGCUGUGAGCAGGCGCCGCGCCGGCUGACCCGGCUGGAUCUGCGCGUGGCGAGCAGGGACUGCGUGCGCCUUCGGGAACUGCGGCGCCCGGGCCCGGGGUCAGCGGCUGGGAUCCUUGGCGCCGCUGGUGAGUUGCUGCCUGCCCACGGCUCCUUCUCUGCGCGUGUGUUUCUCCAUGCUGUGGAAGGGACUGGCGGAUGUAACCGGCUCUCCAGAAAGCCCUGCUUGGCUGUAAGUCCAGGAAGGCCUCUUAGACCUCCAUCUUGUUUCAGAGCCACUUCUGAAGCUACUUGAGAAAAAUGAUGUGACAGUUCCUAUCAAAAAGGUUAUUGGGAAACAUAGAACGUCUGUGAAGAAAGUCGCCCUUUUUCACUUCUGCAAAAUCGACAUCCUCAAACUCCAAAAUGCCAGCCAAGACCCCAAUUUACCUGAAAGCUGCCAAUAACAAGAAAGGAAAGAAAUUUAAACUGAGGGACAUCUUGUCUCCGGAUAUGAUCAGCCCUCCCCUUGGAGACUUCCGCCACACCAUUCACAUUGGCAAAGAGGGCCAGCACGACGUCUUUGGAGACAUUUCCUUUCUUCAAGGCAACUAUGAGCUUCUACCUGGAAACCAGGAGAAAGCGCGCAUGGGCCAGUUCCCCGGGCAUAACGAGUUCUUCCGGGCCAACAGUACCUCCGACUCCAUGUUCACAGAAACGCCCUCCCCGGUGCUCAAAAACGCCAUCUCCCUCCCAACCAUUGGAGGGUCCCAAGCACUCAUGUUGCCCUUGUUGUCACCGGUGACAUUCAGUUCCAAACAGGAGUCCUUAGGGCCGGGAAAGCUGCCCCGGCUUAGCUGUGAGCCGGUCAUGGAGGAGAAGGCUCCGGAGGAAAGCAGCCUGUUGGAGAACGGGACGGUCCACCAGGGGGACGUCUCGUGGGGGUCCAGCGGGUCCGCAUCCCAGUCCAGCCAGGGCAGGGGCAGCCACUCCUCCAGCCUCUCCGAACAGUAUCCCGACUGGGCGGCCGAGGACAUGUUUGACCAUUCCGCCCCGUGCGAGCUCGUCAAGGAAAAGACUAAAUCAGAGGAGUCCCUCUCUGAUCUCACGGGUUCCCUCCUCUCCCUGCAGCUCGAUCUUGGGCCCUCAUUUCUAGAUGAGGUGCUGAAUGUCAUGGAUAAAAAUAAGUAACAGGACACCGCCGGCUCUUUUCCUUUGGGGUAAAAGGUAUCAAAAAAACAGAACAAAACAAAACUAACCACAAAGAGAAGAGCUUCGCUGGCUAUACUUGCUGUCAUGUGAUGGGUUUUCUAAAAUAACUUUCCUACAAAAUAUUUUUUUACCUGGUAUGCCCUGUUUGCAAAAACAGUGAAAAAAAACAAACCUAUCCUGGCAAAGAGAGGAAGUGAGUCAGAACCCAUUUUCGGCGGGCAUUGCUGAUGUACAGCUCACAUUUUUUGUUUUCAGACAUAUAAGAAAUCUGGCUUGGCCAGGACUGGCACUACUUAUGAAGGGCUGUGCCAGUCACAUUAAGGACCUUUACAGUACUCUGGCAUUUUCUGAGCAAGAGGAAGUCAAUUUAUUUAACACCCACGCCUUUUUUCUAGACUCUUUUCUAUAUUAUAUCGUUUGGGCUCACCAUAGCAAAUUCUUCAGUGUUAAAACUUUUCUCUGUUUUCACAUUUGAACAACUUUAUGGGUUUCGGGGAUUUGCUUGUAGCUCUUAUAUAUCUCUAUAUAUUAUAUCUAUAUUGCGAAAUUUUGACUGUCAGCUACAUGUUGGUAAGACACAAACAAAGUAUUGCUGUAACUAAGUUAUUUUUAAAGUUAAAAUAUAUUUUUAUGUGCCUUUGGCUCUUUAUUGCAGAGUCUACAUUUUAUAGGUACUACAUCAAAUAUGGUCAUUUGACUUUCCAUUGGGAUUCCAUUCUAAGCUGUGUAUGUGUAUGUUUGGAAAAAUGUAUUCAUACUUAGCUUUAUUAUUUUUUUUCUUCAUCUGUUAUCAUACUUUUCACAGCAGCCAACAAUGGAUUGUAAAGUGUAAAGGCACAGGUUACUCACAAUGCUUCUGCAGAGACUGUGGGCUACACCACAUAAUGUUAUUUGGAAAUAUGGGUAUUUUAGUACAGUACAUACUUGCAUUACAUAGGUACUUCAUACAACACAAUAAAGAGUAAAUGUUAAAAUCAA